UACGUGGUUUUUUUAAAAAAAAAAUUAUCUCUUAUUAAACUAAUGAAAAAAACUAUUUGUUAACCUAAAAAAAAAAUUAAUCAUGAUUAUACAAAAUUUCCAUUAAUUAUUCAUAACAUUAUUUUAAGAGUUGUGCGUGUAUUGGAAAAAAAAUUGGACUUGGAAAUUAGUGACAGCUGCGCUAAUAAAUGCAAAUAGCCGCGUAGAGACAAGAAAUUCAAAAAGAGUGCGAGAGAGUGAGAGAGAGGGUUAAGGAGGAAAGGAGAGAGCGCGCAAUACAAUCGAACCCCCGAGCAUCGUAAACACAGAAAAUCGGAUUGUCUGUGUAUUUUCAUUCUUUGUCUUUAAAAUUAAAUUCAUAUAAUAUUAAAAUACUAAUUAGACGAUUUAAAAUUAUUGUUUAUAAAUUUUAAUUUUAAUUACGGUUGUGCUCGUGCGAAUUUAGAGUUUGCUAUAAUCAUAAUUAUUUUGGCGGCUCACAUCGACGCGGACAUUACUGACAGUUUCGGUUAUGUUAAAGAAGGGAAGUUUGUACAAUAUUUUUCUCAUUUUUCACUAUUUUAAAAAUUUUCAUAUUCUCCAGUCGCGUUUUUGAGUUGUGUGAAAAUUUCUCAUAAUUAUUUUUCAAAAAAAAAAAAAAAACCGGUGUUUCGUAAUCCUGAUAAUCUUCAUUGGCGUCAAGGUUAUAUCCUACGAGACCUUCUGAUGUUUCGUAGAAUAGUAAUUUAUUUUGUGAAAUACGGAGUAUAAACAAGGGACAAUAAUGACGAUGUCGAAAUUUGUUACUAUGCGGUGAAUUUGAUCUACACUUGUGAUCCACAUUUCGGGAACAGGAAAGGUGAAAUUCUUAAUGUAGGAGUUUUCGAGUGAAUCAAUCAAGAGGGAACAAAUAAUAAUAUUAAUAAUAAUAAUAAUAAGAGGAAGGACAUCAUUAAAAUUAAGUUGUUUCAGUAAAUGCAAAGAUUGAGAAAAAAAAUGGAUCCGUCAAUGUUUGUUACCUAUACUUCCCAAACGAACGGAGUUCCAUUGGAAUCCAAACUUGCAACCUACAUGAAUCGACAAAGUCCAGGGAUAACGCUAACCCCAACUGCAAUGAAUUCAUCAGUUGUUACUAAACAAUUGGCAAAUCUUUCUCUUGAUUCGCAAAAAAAAUCACCCGGUCCGACGGAAUUUAUUCCGGGUAGAAAUUCCUGUCUUACUAGCAGUAAUAGUAGUUCGCCGAAUUUAUUCAAUAAUUCUUAUCAUUCUCAAGAAAAUGUUGGUGGUACCACGUAUUUUUAUUUGGGAAAUAUGUCCGAUACUCUUACCUCUGAGGAGGGUACUUCUGAAAUUGCGGGAAAUCUUGGAGCUGGACAAUUAGGUUACGUUUAUCCAGGAACACCAUCUCAUCUUCAUCCAGUUAAAGUGACAAAAUCAUCAUCUAAUAGUACCUCAGCGCCAUCAACGCCACCACCACAACAAUCGAAUCCCAGCUAUUUUAUCAGUGAGGCACUUCGUAAUGAUAUAUUGCAAAAAAAUGUUCUAACACUCGAACAACCAGAUUUAGUUCAGUUUCCCGAUUUACCUAAUGAAGUUGAUAGUUAUCAUGAAUUAUGUCCCUUGGAGCCAAUUCACAAACCAGUCUCAUCGGUUCUUGGUUAUCAAACAUCAACGUACAAAGCGACUAAUAUUAAAAGUGGAACUCGUUAUUGUUUACGUCGAGUACACGAUUUCAGAUUAGGUAAUACAAAGUGUAUGAUACUUGUUGACAUGUGGAAAAGACUUGCCCAUACGAAUUUAGUCCAGUUACGAGAAGUUUUUACCACAAAGGCCUUUGGUGAUCAUUCCAUGGUAUUUGUUUACGACUAUCAUCCUGGUUCGGAAACACUUCUAACGAAACAUUUCUCGGCUACUGAACUUAAUGGAUUUGCCGAUCCAUUUGCCACGGAGGCAAAUUCUUCGAGAUCUUUCACUCAUUCGAAGGGCAAUAUUCUAAGACAGCAGCACAAUAAUUUACUACCUGAAAGUGUUAUUUGGAGUUAUAUUAUUCAACUUACGGCCGCACUUCGUGUUAUUCAUGCAGCAGGUCUUGCGUAUAGAUGCUUGGAUCCUACCAAAGUAUUACUUACCUCUCGAACUCAUCUUCGAUUGAGUUGCGUUGCAUUACCGGAUGUUGUUACAUUGGAUGGAAAUGCAACAAAUCCUUUGGGUCUUAUUCCACAUUAUCAACAGGAGGAUUUGAUAGCUUUAGGAAAAAUGGUCUUGGCAUUGGCGUGUCGUAGUCUUUUGGCCAUUCAUCGUGACAAUAUGCAAACAUCACUUGAACUCGUCGCACGUUCCUAUUCCACUGAUCUUCGAAAUCUCAUUCUCUAUCUACUUUCUAAUCAACAACGAAGAAGUGUCACUGAUUUGAUGCCUAUGAUUGGUGCGCGAUUUUAUACACAAUUAGAUGCGGCACAAUUGCGUUCCGAUGUACUUGAGAAUGAACUUUCGAAGGAAUUGGAAAAUGGAAGACUGUUUAAAUUGAUUGUCAAAUUGACAACAAUAAACGAAAGGCCUGAACUUAAUUUGGAGCCAACGUGGGCCGAGACUGGUGAUCGUUACAUGCUUAAAUUAUUUAGAGAUUAUGUUUUUCAUCAAGUCACUGCUGAAGGUCGACCAUGGCUUGAUAUGGCACACGUCGUUUCUUGUUUAAAUAAACUUGACUCAGGAUCUCAUGAUAAGGUUUGCCUGAUGUCCCGAGACGAACAAAGUGUGCUGGUCGUGAGUUACGCGGAGCUUCGACAAUGUUUGGACACAUCAUUCGAGGAACUGGUACAAUCUUCAAAAGAAGUUGCUUAGGUUUGUUUUUACUUAAAUGUUAUUGACCUAACAAAGCACUUACUAUGAAUGUGAUAUUCAACAUUUAGGGCUCUAUCAUUUAAAAAAAAAAAAAAAAAAAAAACAAGUUUAUUCACUCACGAUUUAAUCGAUGAAUUAUAAAAUGUAAAUUGUUUAUUUCAAAGAGCAAUUGAUCUUAAUAUAUAAAUAUAUUUUAAGAAUAGAUGUAAAUCAUUAAUUUAAGUUGUUUUUUUUUUUUUUGAAAUAUAAUUUCAAUUUUUUUUUCUUUUUUGCCAAUUCAAUGAAAUUGUGAAAAACAUCGAUUAGAUCCCAGGGAAUAAACUUUAUCUUUAAUGUAUAUAAUCUUAAAAAGAUCAUGUCACAGUGAAUAAAAUGAAAAACAGUCCAUUAAGGUUCUAUGAAAAAGAAAUAGGAAAAAAAAAACACUUGUACACAACUUAAGAGAAAAAAUGCGCUCGUGAAAAUCUUAAAAAAGAAAAAGAAAAUACCUACGAAAACAAUUUUUUGUCGUGUAGGUAUUAGAAAUCUUAGACUUUAGAAUACAGCUCAUAAGCAUUAAUUUUGAAAUAAAUGUUUAUUUUUGAAGGCAAUCGUA